CAGACUCAUUUAGUGCGAAUUGGAGCUGUGACGCUGUGACUACUGAGAAUCAUCAGAGGAAGACAAUGGCCACUGAAAGCUCAGGCGACAAAGCUCCCCCUCCAUACCUUAUACAAACCGAGGGCCAAGGCAGCGGUGUCAAGGUCUACCAUGUGCACACCCCUUUCAACCCACCGGAAUCCACCAUUUCGGAUGGUUACCAAGUGCAGACAAGCGGCAACACCUACGCUGAACCCAAGCAGAAGUUUGUCAGCUAUGACAUGGAGCUGGGCCGCUCGCCAGGCAUGACCACCUGCACGUCCUGCCAGACGCAGGUCAUGACCAACGUGACCUACAAAGUGGGGACCUACGCCUGGCUGAUGUGCAUCCUCUUCAUUCUCUGCGGGUUGGUGAUUGGCUGCUGCCUGAUCCCGUUCUUCGUAAAAUUCUUCAAAGACGCCUACCACACCUGCCCCAGGUGCAACAGAGUACUGCACGUGGAUAAGAAGAAAUGCUGCUGACUGGCUCAGGGCAGCCAUUUUAAACACCUCUAUAGCCUGCUUUGUACUGGGAAGGUAACAGCUCCCACUGCUAUGAUCACACACCUCACUCGGCUGCUUUUGUAGACUUGCUUUUGAUUGGCUGUCACACAAGGAACAACGGGAAAAGGGGGAGAGAGGGGUGGAUGUGGACUGCCUCCUUUGUUAAACUUUAUUUUUUAAACAUGAAGAGAAUCCAUCUGAAAUAGUUUUUUUUAAUUAAAAAAGCAAAUGAAACAAACAGCCUGUCAUCAAAUAAGGUCAAACUGGCCUGAAGUAUUCUAGUUAUUUCUAUUAAAAAAACUAAUAAUGAUUUUGAAGUAUACUGCUGAAUGACUUCAUUCAAAUGUCUAUGCAUUCCCUUUGGUUGCUACUAGCUCCACUUAAGGCUUUUUUCCCCUGCUAUAAAUGUUCAGAUUUAUACGUUGUACAUAAGCUAAAUUAGAUUCUAUGCCUUUUAUUGUGGUUGAAAUUACUUAAACUUCUGUAUUCAACUACAAAAACAUGUAUUGCAUAUGUAUUCCAGUACACAUCUGAAAGUGUAAUAAAAUAUGAAAGUUCAGAGAAGGCUGAAUUGUG